GUCUGGAAAAGGGGGAUGGGAUGUGGGUGUGAAGGGAUGCAGCCCCCCCAAAAGAAAUCGAGGUGAAACUGAAAUGCCUACCAAUGAUGGUCCAAUGCAAAACCUGAGAAGAAAGAGAGGGAUAAAGGACAACCAUAUAUUUGUCUAAAAAACGGGAAAAGGAAAAAAAAAGCCAUGAAAAAUCGAGGCAAAAACAUAUACGUUGAGGUCUAACCACGAACGAUAAAGGUGGAAGAAAGGAGUUUUCUGCCUGCAACACCCAAGCACUAAGCUCAUUUCCUUAAUAAACGAAGAGCUAUUGGAAACCUACAAGGGACAGACAAAGGCAAACCAAAAAAAGGGGGCAAAAGAGACCGCAAGUCAGAGGACAAUACAAAUGGCUGGAAGAAUCAUGACUUGACUCGGCAUAGCAAAACGCCAACCUGAGAUACCGGGUGAAGGCGGUUUAUGGCAGUGCGCUGAAUCGCAUGCUGUCAUCCACCGUUGCGCGAAAUCUACUGCGUAGACUAGCGAGAAAUUGCGAGGGGAGUGAGCAGGUAGAUUACCAAGCCUGCCUCUCAUAGAAGAAAUUCCUGUCACCGGAAAAAAUAACGGGGUAUCGCUGCCGCAAAGGACCUAGACCGUAAUAGAUGCGAUGAAAUAAAACACGUUGCUGAAGUUUGUACAAACGGAAUGUUGUUGCUUCCGAGUGUACAGUGACAUUUUCCUGAGGCAGUGCGACCUGUGAUACCAUAACAGGCAGAAGGCUCCAGCAGACGAGAAUCCAGCUGUUCCCUACCACGUCUGGCACGGAAGAGAUUCGCAGAGAUGUAAAGUGACGCUACCAGCCAUUCUAGAAGUUUUGACAUUGGGCUCUUGUUUUGGGGCGACCCACGAGUCCCCAACCAUCUGGAAGAACUAACAGGAAAGGAGUGAAAGCCAGGACUCAACCACAGCUUCAGGACCUGAAGGAGGCUUCUUCCAAGAUCAGCAUCUGAGCCUGUGAAUCUGUAAACAGUUGCUACGUGCAGCCACUAGAUGGUGGUAGACACCAAACUUUAAAAAAGCAGAGCCCUUUCUCUAUACCCGCCCAGGAUUUUCGCCUGGUGGUCGGCCUGCGGCAGGAUCCUGAGCCCUCUACGGCUGUGACAUUCCUGAGUAGGUCGGGGACUGUGUAUCUGAAUCCUGAAUCUGCAAUCAAAAGGCCAGCACCAGAGGUGACCACUCACAGCCUCAAUCUUUCUACAUUUUGCAUUUGCAUGAGAGAGUAGAAUUUGACCAGAACUGCAGUUGUAUCAGCAGCAGCAUCAGGACAGAGGACAGUGGAACCUGUGAGAGAAGUACUCCUACCACAUUUUACUUAAGAUUAGACGUGUUUUCUUUGUGAAGAAAGAAUGGCUCUUCUAAAGAUACACGGUUUCGUCCAAAUCCGAAGCAAGAACCGGAGCAAGCACACCCGGGGUUCUCAGUGGAAAGAGGCAGUCAUCGAAACAGUGGAGAGGAAGCAGAAGGCUAGUCUGGUGGUCUCCUUUAAGUUGGAAGGAAGGAGAAGGGUUUUCCCGCUGGGUGGUAAUGUUGCAGGUGUAGUGGUUAGUUAUUGUGAGGCUGGACUGCAUCGUCUGCAUUUAACUCUGAAAGAUGACACGUCCUUACUCAUCGACAAGCUAUCUGCCUUCGAUGUUGAACAGUUGAAGGCUGUCCUGGAUUCUGUUCAUCCUUCUGAAUCCCAACAACUCGAGGAACCAGAGAGGAAUCCGGAUGUUCUUGAAAGCGGCGAUCUAUUUUGCCGGAAGCACCAGGAUACAUUUUGUGGAUCUUUGAAUAUCACACAAGAAAGUGAGACGCUGUUCCCCAUGAAUAUGUCGCUUUCAAUGGCAAACUCCGCCAGCGGUUAUGUUGAAGAAGAGAGAACCGAGAAACAGAACAAGAAGCGUAAGACGAUCUCAACAUCCACUGUAGAAUUGAAUGAGGUCUUUCUCAAAGAAAGUAAUACCGAAUCAAGAAAGAAAUCCAAGAGCUACAACUCCAGGAACAAAAGAAACAAAGGAGAGAAGCUGAUGCCUAUAAGAGAUCAGGAAAUGCAUAACAACUGGAAACUUGAGCCGUUAUUCAGUACCAACUCCUGCGGGAAGCUUGACCUAGACGACACUGUUUUUGCAAGCGGAUCCAAGUUUAGCCAGGAGAUCCCAAUACAUAACGAUAUCCAGUCUCCUCUCGAUACGUGCGCAAAGCAGCUGACACGUGAAGGCUUCCCCAACUUAGGAAACACCUGCUACAUGAAUUCCAUCUUACAAUCUGUCUUUGGGAUCCCAACCUUCGCAAAGGACUUGCUCACACAAGGUAUCCCGUGGGAGAAAGUUUCCUGUGAUGAUCUCAUCAAGCCCUUAAGCCAACUUCUUGUCUUGAAAGACAUCAGAGAUGUAGAGAUCAAGGGACAAUUACUCAUAAAUGUGAAGAAAUCCAUUUCCACUGUUGCAGACACAUUCUUGGGCGAUGAACAGAAUGAUGCCCAUGAAUUUUUAAGUCAGUGCUUAGACCAGUUGAAACUGAACGUGGAGAAACUAAACGCCAUGUGCAUUACUGAGAGGGAAAACGAAGUUGACGAUUUUUUUCCAUCAGCAUAUGGUGGGACUGCCUCCACCAAAAUGUUUGUUUGUCCUGUCAGUGCCAAUUUUGAAAUAGAGCUGGAUAGCUCUAUUGUUUGUGAAGCCUGUGGUGAGGCGACCUUCAACACUGAAGUGAGUAAUUACCUCUCCGUUGAUCUGCACCAAGGGACAAAAGAACACCCUCUGUCGAUUCAGAAGUCACUUGAUCUUUUCUUUACACCGGAAAAAAUUGAGCGCAAUUGUGAGAAAUGCAAGAACAAGAAUUCUGUGCUCAGAUACACUUUGAGGAGACUCCCAAGGGUCCUUAUCCUUCAUCUGAAACGCUACCACUUUACUGCUAACAGGUUGUUAGUGAAGAGCCAGCAGCCAGUUGAGAUUUCAAAGUAUCUGGAUGUCUCUUCCCAUUGCAAUGAAAACACGAAGCCACCAUAUCCCUUGACCAGUCAGUCCCCUCACGAGGCCUUUGGUGUCCCAAAUGUCUCUGAAGAGAUGAUGCCUGACAUCCUCAGCCAGUCGAUACCAGCUAAGAGGGUGGCUUCAGACUUCAUUGAUUUCACAGUUCUACAGGUUGGAUCCACUGAGGACGCUGAAGUCCAAACCUUGCACAGGAUGUACGAGGAGCUCAGUGAGGAGCAGUGGCAGAGAGGCCUUGAAAAUGGUCCUAAAGUGGAGCCAAAGGCAGUAAAGAGAGAAAACAGGAUGUUUAGCGAGAAGACAUUGUCAGCACCGGACUCAGUGAUGUGCGACCCUCUCAGCAUCCACAUACCAGGUCUUGCAGAGAUAGGUCUUCAACAGGUCUCCAAGAGUUCAGAAUUUAAGAAGUAUGAGAAAAUCAAUGUAUAUGGAAAGUCAGAUCAUUACACCGCAACUGAGAUGGCCAAUUAUUUAUGUGAUCUUAAAGAACAAAACAUCCUGGAUGGAUCUCAAGAAAUUGCCGAACAGCUCCUCCAGAUGCACGGGAGUAGAAUCCACGCGGAACUGCUGCCUUGGGCAUCACCUCAAAGUGUUCGCAGUACCGAGGAAGACGCCGGAGCCAGGAACACUGAAACUGACUCAAAAAACGCAGCACUGGGAGCCGAUCCCCAGAACUACAGGCUCGUCGGUGUCGUCAGCCAUUUUGGGAGCUCCCAAGAUUCAGGCCAUUAUGUAAGCGAUGUGUAUGACUUUCAAAGGCAGGCGUGGCUCCUGUACAGUGAUGUCCAAGUGUUCGAGAUCCCAGAGGCCUUGAUUCAGGAGAAUCGGCUUCACACCGGAUACAUUUUCUUUUACAUGCGAAAUGAGAUUUUUGAUUGGCUGUUGAAAAAGGCGUCAGAGUGCAAGUUACUGAACACAUCUCAAGAUGAAAAGAAUACAGAACUUUUUUCCACCUUGCUUAAUGGCUUUACAUACCUUCUAGAAGAAUCCUAAAUUCUAUCCAGAAGAAUCACACAGCUCAAGAUUAAAACUCAGCAAACAGAACACAGCAAACAAACAAAUAAACUUAUUAAGAGAGAAACCCAGACAGCUCUGAUGCAGGCGAUGCACCAUUCUCUCUAAGAAGGCCAUAAUGGUGUUUUUUUUUUUCUUUUGUUGGCUUUUCAAGACAGAGUUUCUCUGUGCAUCCCUGGCUGUCCUGGAACUCACUCUGUAGACCAGGCUAUCCUCAAACUCC